CCCUUCCUCCAGCCUCCGCCCCCACCUCCAGCCACCCUGUGUCUCCCAGCUUUUUCCUGCAGCAGAGAACAGAAGGCACUUCACCUCUGCUCCCUAAGGUCGGUGUGAGCCCCGAGGAUCUGAAGUCUGGUCUCACGAAACCCCACCCUCCUGUAGCUGUGUGAUUGAAUGGGAGGUCACUGAGCUACGUCUCACAUAAGAGGUUCUUGGGAAGAUCUCCAGCACAGGGUUAAACUUCAGGAGCCUGCACACCACAGAAGAGAAAGGCAAAGGAUCUCAAACUUGAAGAAAUGAAAUCCCCAAGGAGAACCACUCUGUGCUUCAUGAUUAUUGUGAUUUAUUCUUCCCAAGCUACGCUGAACUUGAAUUUAGAGUCUAUUGUUCAUCCUUCGAUUCUCCGUGGACACGAACCAGCAGGGGAGGAGCCACCACGGCAUAAACGAGCAGUUGCCUCGAGCAGUCCUGCAGUGGAUGAGCACACUGUUGAUAUUGAGAUCAGUUUUGAAAAUGCCUCCUUCCUGGAGCCUAUCAAAGCUCACUUGAACAGCCUCAGUUUUCCAAUCCAAGUGAACAGCACUGACCAAGUCAUCAACAUUUUGAGCAUAGAGGUGACAACAGUUUGCAGACCUGCUGGAAAUGAAAUCUGGUGCUCCUGCGAGACAGGCUAUAGAUGGCCUCAGGAAAGCUGCCUCCCCCAUCUCACCUGCCAAGACCAUGGCGGCUCGCCUGCAGGAAAUCAUUGCAGUUGCCUUAAAGGACUGCCUCCUAAGGGACCUUUUUGCCAACUCCGAGGAGCAGAUGUUACCCUGAGAAUGUCGGUCAGACUCAAUGUGGGCUUCCAAGAAGACCUCAGGAACUCUUCCUCUGCCCUCUAUAGGUCCUACAAGACUGACUUGGAAAUGGCGUUCUGGAAAGGUUACAGGAUUUUGCCAGGCUUCAAAAUGGUGACUGUGACAGGGUUCAGGCCCGGAAGUGUGGUUGUGACAUACGAAGUCACGACUACAACAUCAUCACCUGAAUUAAUGCGUAAAGCGAAUGAGCAAGUGUUACAGAACCUCAAUCAGACCUACAAAAUGGACUACAACUCCUUUCAAGCAGUUACAAGUAAUGAAACUAAGUUCUCUGUCAUACCAGAAAUCAUCUUUGAAGGGGAUACGGUAUCUCUGGUGUGUGAAAAUGAAGUUCCGUCCUCCAACGUGUCCUGGUACCAUGUCGAAAGGCGCUCCGACGUCCAGAACAGCAGCAGAUUCUGGAUUUACACCUCCGUGCUCAACAACAUGACCUCACUGUCACGCUUCACUAUUUACAACAUCACUCAGGGUGACGCAGGUGAAUAUAUUUGCAAACUGACAUUAGAUAUUUUUGAAUACGAAGCCAGGAAAAAAAUAAAUGUUACACCCAUCCGAAUUUCGGCAAAUGAAGAAAUGCAGGUGAUGUGCAACAGUCCUGUAUCUUUGAACUGCUGCAGUGACAUUCAUGUUAACUGGAGUAAAAUAGAAUGGAAGCAAGAGGGGAAAAUAAGCAUUCCAGGAAACUCUGAAACAGACACAGACCCCAGGUGCAGCAAAUACACCCUCCACGCCAACGAAGUUCAGUGUCUAAGUGGGUCGGCUGGAACACAAGUCGUCUACACCUGUGAGUUCACCAGUGCCCAUGGAGCCAGAGGCAGUAAGAACAUACAAGUGACAUUCACCUCUGUGGGAGCUAAUUCCAGCCACAAAGGGGAAGUGCACGAGUUCCUAAGGCAUGUGAAGGAAAUGAGUACAAUUCAGAGCACCACCGGGAACAGCCUAGAAACAAGUAAAGCCCCGGAGCCGCAAGCCAACCUAAUAAUAACCCCGGACCCAAUUUCUGUUUCUGAGGGACAAAGCUUAUCUAUAAAGUGCACCAGUGAUGUGAAUAGCUAUGAUGAGGUAUACUGGAACACUUCUGCUGGCAUUAAAAUACACAAAAGGUUUUAUACCACAAGGAGGUGUCCCAAUGGAACAGAGUCAGUACUGACGGUGAAGACCGCGACCAGGGAGUGGAACGGAACCUAUUACUGCAUAUUUAGAUAUAAGAAUUCAUACAGAGUUGCCACCAAAGAUGUCACUGUUCACCCUCUGCCGCUGGAGUCGAACAUCAUGGUUGAUCCUUUGGAAGCUGUCGUUCCACUCAGAGGUUCCCGUCACUUGAAGUGCUGCAUAGAGGAUGAUGAAGACUACAAAGUAACUUUCCAAAUGGAUUCCUGGUUCUUUCCUGCUGCAAAAGAAGUGAACGGAAAACAAGUGUGCUACAAAUAUGAUUUCACGGCAAACUCAGUUUUCCAGUGUCCAAAACAUGUUGAUGUGUUUUGUCAUUUUACCAAUGCUGUUAAUAACUCAGUCCGGAGCACGUCUAUGAAGCUUAAUCUGGUUCCUGAGAUGACCAUCAUGUGCCAGGAUCCUGUAAUAGGUGUUGGGGAGCCUGGGAGAGUCAUCCAGAAGCUGUGCCAGUUCUCAGACAUUCCCAGCAGCCCUGGAGGUCCUGCUGGCGGGAUCAUAACUUACGAAUGUGUAGGCUCCCAGUGGAAGGUGAAGAGAAACAACUGCAUCUCUGCCCCAAUAAACAGUCUGCUCCAGCUGGCCAAGGCUUUGAUCAAGAGCCCCACACAGGACAAGAAGCUCGCUACAUACCUAAAGGAUCUUUCUAUUAGCACAGGCAAGGUGGAAAACGAAGUCAGCUCAUUUCCUGGGAGCCUGGGAGCCAUUAUUAACAUCCUUGAUUUGCUUUCAACAGUUCCAACCCAAGUGAAUUCCGAAAUGAUGACGCACGUUCUCUCUACGGUUAAUGUCAUCCUGGACAAGCCCAUCUUGAGUACCUGGAAGGUGUUACAACAGCAACAGACCAAUCAGAGCUCACAGCUACUGGACUCAGUGGAAAGAUUUUCCCGAGCACUACAGUCAGAAGAUGGCACCUCUUUGUGCAUCUCUCAAACUAAUGUACAGAUGAAGGGCAUGGUAAUAAGAUCUGGCCACCCAAAAUCCUACAAACAGAGCUUUGUUUUCGCAGACUCUGACCUCUGGGGCAAUGUGGCCAUUGACAAUUUCCAGCUGGAAAACCUGCAAACGGAUUCAUCUAUUGUCACCGUGGCUUUCCCAACUCUCAAAACCAUUAUUGCCCAGGAGGUUCAGGGUGAGAAUUUUACAAACAGCUUAGUGAUGACGACCACUGUCACCCACAAUAUAACCAUGCCGUUCAGUAUUUCAAUGACUUUUAAGAACAACAACCCUUUAGGCGGGCUACCACAGUGUGUCUUCUGGAACUUCAACCUUGCCAACCAUACCGGGGGGUGGGACAACAGUGGGUGCUAUGUCAAAGAAGUCAAUGAGGACAGCGUCUCCUGCAGCUGUGACCACCUAACAUCAUUCUCCAUCCUCAUGUCCCCUGACUCCCCAGACCCUGGUUCUCUCCUGAAAAUACUACUGGAUAUCAUUUCCUACAUUGGGUUGUGCUUCUCCAUCUUGAGCUUAGCAGCCUGUCUGGUUGUGGAAGCCGUGGUGUGGAAAUCAGUGACCAAGAAUCGGACUUCCUAUAUGCGUCACACCUGCAUUGUGAACAUUGCUGCUUCCCUUCUGGUUGCCGACAUCUGGUUCAUUGUGGCCGCCGCCAUCGAUGACCAUCACUACAUACUCAAUGAGACGGCCUGUGUGGCCACCACCUUCUUCAUCCAUUUCUUCUACCUCAGUGUCUUUUUCUGGAUGCUGACUCUGGGUCUCAUGCUCUUCUACCGCCUGGUUUUCAUCCUGCAUGACACAAGCAGGUCCACUCAGAAGGCUAUUGCCUUUUCUCUUGGCUAUGGCUGCCCUCUUGUCAUCUCAGUCAUCACGGUGGGGGCCACCCAGCCACAGGAAGUCUACACGAGGAAGAACGCCUGUUGGCUCAAUUGGGAGGAUACCAAGGCCCUGCUGGCCUUUAUCAUCCCGGCACUAAUCAUUGUGGUGGUGAACGUGACCAUCACGGUAGUGGUCAUCACUAAGAUCCUGAGACCUUCUAUUGGAGACAAGCCAAGCAAGCAGGAGAAGAGUAGCCUCUUUCAGAUCAGCAAGAGCAUUGGGGUCCUCACACCACUCUUGGGGCUCACCUGGGGGUUUGGUCUCGCCACUGUGUUCCCGGGGAGCAAUGCUGUGUUCCAUAUUGUAUUUACCCUCCUCAACGCUUUCCAGGGAUUAUUCAUUUUACUCUUUGGGUGCCUCUGGGAUCAGAAGGUACAGGAAGCCUUGCUGAAUAAGUUUUCCCUGUCGAGAUGGUCAUCACAGCUUUCAAAGUCAACAUCCCUAGGUUCAUCUACACCUGUGUUUUCUAUGAGUUCUCCAAUAUCCAGAAGAUUUAACAAUUUGUUUGGUAAAACAGCAGCCCCAAAGGGCCCCCCAGGCAAUGAUGGAAACCUUGUUAGCGGUGGCACUUCAACAGUCUGAUGGAACAUACGAUGUGUCCACCCCAGAAACAACCAGCUCAUCCGUGGAAAACACGUCCAGUGCUUAUUCGUUGCUCAACUAAGAACGGGAAAAUUCAACCCAGGUGACCUCUUGAGGAACCGUGAAUGUGCUCUGAAAAAGAGAUCCUUUCAAGCCAUCGGUAAAAUGUUUCCUCCACAGGAUUCUGGGAGCAGACGCUGAAGAGACUUUUCCAUUAGGGAAGAGGCUUUCUUUUGUAAAGACAGAUUGAAAGUAAAUUGUUACAUUUAUUGUGCUGCCCCACCCCUGACCCCUUGUGUGAUACCAACUGUGUAUAGUAUUUAAGUGAGAUCAAGCUCCUCAAGGCCCAGCUUCUCUGUCUAUGUUGUAAAACAGAAUUUCGAAGAGACAUUUUCACUUUUCACAUGUUGGGCACAAAGAUAAGCUUUGAUUAAAAUAAUAAGUUAAAAGCUAGUACCUAGGAAAUACUUCAGUGAAUUCUGGGAAGGAAGGAAGGAAGCGAGGAAGGAGGAGAGGAAGGAAGAAGAGAAACAGGAAGAAAAAAACAGAGAAAAACAACAUUAAGGACCACAUUUUAAGAUUUCCAUAUUAAUUAUCUAAUACAAUUACUCAGAUACUGCAACACAGAAUUAAAAAAUGGCUCAAAAAUGGAAACUGAAAGUAAACCACAGGGAAAUUUCAAUAUCUUCCUGGUGUUUUCUUAGCUGAGCGAGAAAAAAAGGGCAGUGGGAGAACCAAGGAGGAAAUUACAGGAUGCUUUCAUCAGAAUGCUUUCGAGUGGAUAAUAAUAUUUAUAAGAAAUUCGUGGAAAGAGGCGCAAUUCUCCUGAUGCUAAACACACACAUCUGUGCCUUUGUAUGUUAAGCUUUGAGCUAAGUGGAUUGAAUAUGCAGAGAAAGUGGAAUAACCAUGUUUUGUCAGAUCCAGCAGAUGUAUGGAUUACAUUUUUAUAGUUUAUCAGAAAAGCCUUAUGUUUUGGAUUAUUCCACAUUUUGAAAGCAAAAAAUAUAUUUUUUUAUAUCCACUAAUUGCCAAAUGUGAUAUAUUGCACUGAAAACAGACUCCAACUGCCAUGUAUUAUAUUUAACAGCUUUAACCAGGUACUUCUCUGUGCAGUAGAGAAUAGAUUCUAAUAGUCUUAUAGCAUUGUAUAUUGUUAUUGUUGUUGUUACUGUGGAUGUAGUGGCCUUGGUGUGUAGCUCUCUGUGUAUUAGCUCCUUCAUUUUCUAAACUCCCAGACCAACUAAUAUCCAUUAAGAAUUUUGUACAGUCUGAUUUGUGUUUGUUGCAACCAUUUAGAAAUCUUAUGGGAAGUAGUUUUACAGCUGGUUAGUCCAUGCUCCUAAUGACUCUUUACCUUGAUGAACAGAAAGUGGAGCUUUUCCCAAGAAUUUGACUAUUUGUGACUUCUGUGUGUGUGUGUUUUGUGUGUGUGUGUGCAUUUCAGAAAAACACAAAUAUUUAUUAAAAUUGCAUCCAUAUUGAAGUUAACCAUAUGUUGUCGCCACGGCAACCACACAAAAGUCUGAUCCCAAGGGGACAAUAAGACAGAACGAAAAUGCGGGACUGCUAGGGAAAUGCCCGCUGUGUGGUCUCCAUAAGGACUGAGAACAUAAAUGGGUCCCGCCAUCGGGAAGGCAAGAGAAAAGAGGCUGAGAUUCAGAAACCAUUUAUUUACUGAGGCUCGAAAGAGUUUUCUUUUAACAUUUUAACUCAUUAAAAUCUCUUCCUCUCUUUUCUUCAUGGGAAUGGGGAGGUGGGACAGACAGAAGUUCUAAUAACGUUUAACGUAAAUGGACUCUUAUUUCUACGUCUUCACAGAUGACGUAGACAUCUACUCCUACGUUCGUCUGAAAAUUGUCACAUUGCUCUCCCAACUGAAUACUUGUUAAAGUCCCCAAAGGAAAUGACUGUUAGGCUCUGAAAUCCUCCAGGGCAUGAUCAACUUUGGGCAGAGUGCACUACUGAGAAGACAGAGGCAGAGGUUAGGUUGGAGGAUGAGUUGAAUUAGAAGGAGAUAUUAGAGAAAGAAUGGCUUUGACUGAUUUGGUCCCUGGGGUUGUACCAGCGAGAACUGAGGGGGGGUGAUAGCCAGUGUCAGCAUGGCCAUCUUGACAUGAUCAGCCAAGGAAAGCACAGCGCUUGGCAGGAGUUUAAAAAUACGGUGGGACAAGAAACGCUGAACUUCCACCCACUUCUGUAGGGAUCCCUUGGGAAUCACAGUGUCUGAUGUGGAUGGAACCACCAUAAUGGCAGGAUCCUUGGGCGCCCUUCCAUAGGAUGUGGGUCUGGCCCUCUGCCCACAUGCACUAACUGAAGCACGUUCGCUGACCCCAGCGCACACACACACACACACACACAUACACUCACACACUCACACACACACACAGGCAUGCAUAUACCUCCCACUUUCAAGCCACAGCACUGGAUCCAAAUUCCAGAAAAGCUAUGGAAACAAAAAAUUAGAGAAAUACUUGCUGGUUUUCUACCCGACUGCAAGCUAGAUAGUUCAACCACUGUUCUUUACCAAGAAUAUCCUAAAAUGAGCAGUAGAAUGCAGAAUUGUAAAAGGCAGCAGUCCAUGAAUCUGUAAAGUAUACGCAAGCGGAGCCCCGCUUGACCCUGAGGUCACUAGGUCUCGAUCAGCAAUGGUUACAAGGCUUUUAGUAACAGAUUUCUGGGGGAAUAAGGAGGAAGGAGGAACAUUGGCUCUGAUGUCGGCCCAAAGUGAGAUGUGUGGUCUACUUUGCUCGUGAAACGUCCAGUGCUUCCCCACGGUCCUAACCCCUCUCAGUGUGUCCAGUUGGUUCCAUGGGCCAGAACUUUCCUGCAUUAAGGCACCUUCUAUUAAGUCAGUUUCUUGCAGAGGGAUCUGCGCUCAUGCUUCAGAGGUUGUGAGGUUGCUCUUGAGGUUCAGAAAUGAACGAUUAAUAUAAACUACAGAAAUAUUCUCUGGGAAUGUUCGAAGUCCAGUGUCACACAUCAUCUCUUGAAUGAAUCAUGUGUCUGCCAUCCUCCUCCCCAUUUCUUCUUGUUUAUAUGGAGAAAGAGGUAAAUAAAGGUCUAUGGCGUCUUCAGGAUGUAGAUUGCUAAGGUCAGAAAUUAAGAAACACUGUGGGAAGUCAUAGCCUCCUGUGGCUUAUGUAGAGAACUUCAGAGAUCCGUGUUGGAAGGUUGAAAAGACGUUACACGGAGAUGAGAAAGAUGGUAGCACCCAGCAUGGGCAGAAGUGAGGGAGGGAGUUAUUGUGAGGUGAGUGGAAUAGAAAGUCACAACCAUUUCAGAAGACAAAAAGGAAUGAAUGUGGUCCUAGAAGUGCCAUGUAGGUGAAACACAUUUUAUUUGUGGCCUGUAGCAGUGAUGUCAAAUGGGGCUUCUGCAUUCCAAAGAGAAAGUCAGUGACCCGGGCCAACAGAAUCCUAAUUCCCUGAGUAUCCAAAAUAAACGAAGGGGCUUCCAGGGGAUGUAUCUUUCUCAUGUUUUUCUUUUUAAAGUCCGUGAAAACAGUGUCUCAUCAUUUCAAAGAUGUUAGCCUUGAAAUUAGGUGCUAUAGGUUCCUAACAUUAUGACUUGGGAUUUUAAAUCGUGUCUUAAUAGUACGCCAGCGUGCAGCUAUGUUUCCUUUCAUGCUUGUCACAAUAAAAUAUCUCACAAGAUC